CUCUAUCUGUUGCUUGAAGGUGUACAAGAAGGGAAGAUGGAGACUGUGUUCAAGCCAGUGUCAGUGGACAUCAAAUUUCAUGAUGUCCAAGGGAAAAAUUAUCGAUUCUCUAUACUGAAAUUAAACAAAGAAAUAGUUCCUGAGAAAUGUAAAGUGGUGGUUAAGCCGACGAAAGUUAUUGUCACACUGUCCAAAGCUUCCAAAGGAAACUGGUUAGACCUGCACUUCAAGGAGGACAAGCUAAAGCCAAGUUUAGACAAAGAUAAAGACCCGAUGGCAGGAAUUAUGGAUUUGAUGAAGAACAUGUACGAGGAAGGUGAUGAUGAAAUGAAACGAACAAUUGCUAAAGCUUGGUCUGAUGCAAGAUCUGGGAAGACAGCUGACUCGUUAAGAGGCUACCCUUGAUCAUUUGGUUGUAGAUUGUGAUCUUCAUGUAUUUUGUGAAUGAUGUUGAGAACACAAACUAUUACUAAUCUUCUUUCUUAAAAGUGGACUAAUUAUAAGCAUUUGGGAUGAUUUUUAUCAGGCCUGGUUGUUUUUGUAUUUAAUGUCAUUUCUGUCUUUGGGCUGCGGCCAUGUCGGUGUGGCGUUCAGGGUUUUCUAUGACUAUUAGCCAUUCAAGAAAUGAAACUGAUGCUGAGAUUCAAGGUUAUAUA